CCUAAUCAUGAUGUUUGGGUAUAUAGAUACCAGUCAUUCUCAUUUGUCAGCCAAACUCAAUCUAUCUCAAACUCGAAAUCCAAGUAGAGAAACAAACAGAUCUCUCAACUUUCAGCUCCUCGAUCGACCAUGCCGUCGCCCUCUGUGACAAGAUCUCAUGUUCUCUGUAGCCCUCUGUGAAUUACGGAAGGCUCUGGAGACCAUGAGAUCUGAUCACAGGCAUCAGGGAAGAAGACUGGUUAUGAGGUCCAGUCACCCCAGAAGAAGACUUGCGAUAAAUCCAAAGAGCAGAAGAACCAUGGCCUGUGAACGGCUUGAGAAGCCAGCCAGCACCACCUUUGGUGACGGGGGUCAUGAAACGCAGUGUCUUGUCUUGAUAGCUUAGAUUCAAGGGCCAAGGAUGAGUUAGGUGGUGAUGAUCGGCAUCAUCAAGGGGUGCAAUCAUCCAUUCUUUUUUUUCGAUUUUUUCUAGAAUAAUACAUUUUUGUUUUGUCUUUAAUUUUUUGUAUUUUUUUUUUUUUUUGCUGGUAUUUUUGGCAAAUACUUAAAGUAUAUAAUAUUUAUUUAUUUUCAGUGAGCUUGGGCUAGAGCGUUUCCAUUUUUUGUUCCAUUUUGGGCCUUUUGUUUUCUGUUUAAUCUGGGCUGAUUCUGGUCAGAUUGUCUUCAUGGACCUGUAAUGGGUUUUUUCUUUCUCUUUUCCGGACCAAGAGUUUUAUAAAUUUCUGAAAAACAAUAAACGUUUUCUCCCUCCGUUUUAUGUCCCUAUUGUAUCAUUUUGUAUUAAUUUUUAUUAUUCAAAACAUCAACACACAAGAAUAUACAAAAAUCAUUUUGUAAUGUUUUUGUUUUCUCAUAAUGUAUAUGUAAUUUAACAACGACCGUAUCAUUUUCUUAAUGAUCAUAUUAACAUACCAAGUUGAUAACUAACUAAUCCAGUCUGUUAAUGAACGCGCGCGAUAAUAUUAGCUCCGCAGCUUUGAGAAACCCUAACCACACUUUCUUCGGAGAAACCUAACCAGCUCUGGUCUCGCACUUCUUUGGAGAAACCCUGACCACACUUUCUUUGGAGAAACCUAACCUGCUCUGGUCUCACACCUCUUUGGGGAAACCCUAACCUCCUCUAGUCUCACACUCUCUUUGGAGAAGCUGGAGCUUCUUUCUCCAGUUGGCUAACUGGUCUCGCACCUCUUUGGAGAAACCCUGACCACACUUUCUUUGGAGAAACCUAACCUGCUUUGGUCUCACACCUCUUUGGGGAAACCCUAACCUCCUCAGGUCUCACACUCUCAUUGGAGAAACUGGAGCUUCUUUCUCUAGGUUUUUCUAUAACAAUUUUAUAUGGUUUAUUUGGAGAAUGACUACCCAAAUUUCACAUAUCAACUUCGACAAUUGCAAUUUCAAGUCAAAAAGUGUCAUCCAAAAACCCUUAUUGGAUUCAUUCAAGGAGAAUAUUGAGGAUUUUGUGGAGGACUGUGAUGUUGUCCAAGAAGGGUGUGUAUGGAAAUGGGAGUUCGUUCACAAGGAAGGAUGUAUUAAGAGGACAGUUCCACUCUUCAUUCUCAAAGAGGUAGUGGAUGAUUCAAGACAUAAAUCCGGAGAAGAUCCGUUUUGCAUCUACUGCAGCUACUCAGGAUGCAACAACAAUGUCGUCUCGAGGAGCAAGUAUCACUUCGUAAUUCCAGCGGAUUACGAGUCUUUGGAGCAGCAAUUGGACGAUCCUUUUGACAAGGAUGAUCACGUUUUUAAAGAUCGGACACACCUCUUACAUGGGUUGCUCCACAUCAACGGGAUCGGCCACCUCAUAUGUAUCAAUGGGAUUGAUGGGGGUUCUGCUUUCAUCCCUGGUCGAGACAUCAUGCAUCUAUGGGAUUUACUUUGCCUUUAUUUUCGUGCGAGGAAAAUAACUGUCCGCGAUGAAGCAUGUAAAACAUUUAGGCAUAUCUCAUUGAUAGACGGUGUCCGUGAGACGUGUGAGGGGGCCAUGGUGACUAGGUUGCUGUUCAGUGUGGCUUUUGGUAGUACUUGGUUUGGGAGGUGGGGAUACACGUUUCUACGUGGAAGCUAUGGAGUAUCGAGAGAUACCUACACGACUGCUAUUGAGUCCCUUGGGUCUCAUCCAUUGACUGAGGUUGAAGAAAUUGUAGAAAAAUACAAGAAGAAGUCCCUUACUCCCCUAGAGUGCAUGAAAGAUUUAUUAUCUUUCAUGCUGCAGAUGAGGUGUGGCACGAGAGGCCAAAAGAAAAUGGAUCUAAAUAAAGAUUUGUGGACGGUGUAUGAUAAGGUUUUAAUGAGGAGGAAAAAUCACGUCCAAACCAUCUUGAAUUGCAAAGUCUUUUGCAAGGAAAUCCCGUUGAGGCAAAUGUCAGCUGAAUGUUUAACAGUUACCUUUGUGGUGAGAGAUGCAGAUGACAAUGAGUUGCCGGGAAUGGUUGGCUGCGAGUGUACCACACUCCCCGUAAAUGAUGUGGCUGAUUUAAAGGGUCGAGUUACUCGUUUAAUUCAAGGUACAUAUCAUGCACUCUCCAAUUUCACCAUCACCGAAAUGGAAGGAGAGGGAACGGAUGAAUUGAAAGAGAAUAUGUGGGUGAAGGGUGAUGGGGCAGACAUGGAUUGCAACUAUGUAGCUGAAGGUGGACGGGGAUGGCUAGUGACUUGUAUCUGUGGAGCAGAGGAUGAUGAUGGAGAGGAUAUGGUUGAGUGUGAUACCUGCAAGAAAUGGAAGCACAUCGAGUGCCUCAUUAAUGAUGGUUUUAAACUUGAAGAUAAUGCUGGUUUUAUUUGUUUGGAAUGUUCGACCCCAAGGCAUUGAGGAGAAAAUUGGAACGGCAUGGUGGAGUCGCUGAGUGUGCAGGGAUUCUUGUUUGGAGACUCUCAUUGCAUAAUUGACUAAACUUAGUUCUGUACUUUUAAUUAGAAGAUUGGUCCAUACUGUACGCUUGAAUAUGUUGGAUUAGCGAGCCAGGAUGCAUCUUGUAGUUGUCUAGUUUGUUGUUUGUUUUUACGUUACCUUGUCGCAUGAGGCAUCAAUGGCUCAUUUGUUGCAAGCUACAUUUAUAAUUGUAUUAGCACUACCCCUUAGUCACAAGUUGUUAAACCUUCGUAUUUUGGCUCUUGAUCUGGUCUACGCAUGAAUGCAAAGUAUGCAGCCAUUAGUUGGUUGACGAUCAAAAGCAUAUGGUGCAGCCAAUGAAUUCUGGAAAGAUCGAUCUCUGUAGAGAGUGAAUGUUUUGUUAUUUUUCUUCUUUUCAUUUUGUUAAUGGAAA